CUCGACCGGGUUCGAGCACGUAGCUUUCUGGUUGCUUCACAGUCAAUUCCAACUCGACUGCGUUAUGUUCCAACCUGACUGGGGAUCAGUUAACAUUAUGGUAAGUCAAACAUCGUAAAUCGCGUGGGAACCUUGAAGUGGGACAAAGGGAGUAACAAACUUAUGCACUACGAAAUAGUGCAUAUUAGAAUGCCUUUCUGGCAAUGUUUGAGGACCCUUCUCUGGAUGACGAAGAAAGGGUGUUGGCUGAGCGCUUUGCCUAUAGCGGCACUCAGAGUCUUCAGACGCUCGUGAUUACUGCUACAAUAAUGCAGGAUGCAGGGAUAGGAUUCCGUCGAAGUCGGGUGGCUCACAGGGCAGCCCCAUGCUCAGAGCACUUCUGACAUAGGCCCUGCCUGGAAGAAGAUGAGGCUUGACUCGGCCCCUCAUUCUGUUGAGCCAGUGGAUCUUAUGAAUGAUUAUCCUCUGGUUCCACCAUUCAAAACCAAGGUUCUCCAGGAGCAUGCCUCCGGAGGGGAUGGCGGUUCCUCUUCGAGCAUCAUUAAGUUCUCAGGGUUAGUGCCUCGCACGGAUUCCAAGGUGUUGUUCGGCUAGACGCCUUCCUCCCUAUGGUGUUCGAUUGGGCUCAAGGUUCCCCCGGAGUUUGCUUCCUGGGAACAACCCAAGGAAUUGGUGGAGGGCGACUUGAAUGAGUUGACCGAAGGCGAUGUGUACUUCUAAAGGUCCGAGUGGCGUUUGAGCUUCAGGCCAUGCAGAUGAAAAAAAUUAAGAACGACGCUGAGGCCUUGCUUCGAAGUUCCAUAGACUGCACUGCUCGGCUGCAAGCAAAGGCGGAUCUCUUCGAUAGAACCGCUCGGGAUAAUGCGUCCUUGAAAGACAAGCUCGGGCGGCAUGCUGAUGAACUUAGGGAACUCCGAGCCAAACUUGCUAUUGCCUAUUGAAAGAUCAGGGUUGUUGUUCGACGGACAUGGCGAAAUGGCCAUGGGGUUGUGUAUGAGGCAGAUGUAUCCUCCAUCAAGAUGGCCAGCUCGGCAGAUUUUCAGCAUUCCAACGCCUGACACGAGGCAUCAAGGAAUAUCGCUCGACAGUUCGUUCCUCCCCCGAGAUAUUAACGAAUACCUUGAGCAAAGCAAUGAGCCUUUGAAGGAUGGUAUCAAGUUGCUCAAUGGGUCUCCCGCGUGUAAACGGUUCCUCAAUGAUCUUGUUGAUGAUACUUUUUCGAAGGGCAUGGUUUGUCUGGUGCGGGAUCAUCUGCCUUUAUUCGAGCAGUGUUUCUUUGCCCCUUUCAAUCAACGGGUUGUCGCGUGCAAUGCCAUGUUUAUGGAUGUUUACCAGAAGGUGCUUCGCCAAAAGAGUGGCGGAAUAGAGCGGAAGAAUUUUCUUUUUCAUACGUAUCGUAGUGUUUUUAGGUAUAAGAAGAUAAGAAGAUAAAUCGGCUAACAAUUGAGGAGAAUAAUUUCCUCUCUCAUAUGUAGUGUUUUUAGGUAUAAGAAGAUAAUGCGGCUAACAAUUGAACGGAAGAUAUUUAUCUCUCGUAUGUAAUGCUUUUAGAUUUUAAGAAGAUGAAC